AUGGAGGCAUUCCCGGGCACCAAGCUGGAGCAGCACCGGCACCUCCCGCCCGUGGAGUGCCUGCCGGGCGCCCGCUACGGCGGCCGGAGCCACAGCGCCUGUGGGAACGUCUUCAACUCCUGGAACGACUACCUGGGGCUGGCCACGCUCAUCACCAAAGCCGUGCGGCCGGGCAAGGGCUUCGGCGCCGAGCCCCCCUCGGUGGUGGUGGCGGCCGCCGUGCCGCCGGCCGAGGAGGAGGAAGAAGAGGAGGAGGAAGAGGAAGAAGAGGCGGCGGGGCCGUACUUCGAGGGCGCGCUGGACUUGCACGACCUGGACCUGUGCGGGCAUCACCAUCACCACCACCACGGCGAGGGGCUGCUGGAGGAGCGCUUCGCCGACUUCAGCCCCUUUCCCGGGCGCGGCGGCCCCGCCGCCGUGGUGUUCGACUGCUCGGGGGAGCACCCGGGCCGGGAGGGCUCUGCCCACGCCUGGGGCGGCGUGGUGGUGGCGGGGCGGCUGCCGGCGCACCCGCGGGCCGCCUCCCGCCUGCUCAAGCCCGAGCUGCAGGUCUGCGUCUUCUGCCGGAACAACAAGGAGGCGGUGGCCCUCUACACCACGCACAUCCUCAAGGGACCCGACGGCCGCGUCCUGUGCCCGGUGCUGCGGCGCUACACCUGCCCCCUCUGCGGUGCCAGCGGCGACAAUGCCCACACUAUCAAGUACUGCCCCCUCUCCAAAGUGCCGGCGGCCCGGCAGCUCCGGCACUCCCGGACCGCCCUGGGCAGGAAGGGCCGCUAG